CGCUCAUCCCUUAACCAGCGCCCGACAUCUCACAAUGCCUGCUGUUUGGCACCUUCGUGUUCUCCUGUACUCGUGGCUCUGGCUUGUCUCGGCUGUCCUGUUGGGUUUGACGGCAUGGAGGCUUUACUACACUACCCAUAUUCCUCUGGGGGAUCCCCUUCAUGACGGCGUGGACUUCUACGAUCCUAUCGUGGCAGAGCUGCUCGCGACUUCGAUUUUAACACUUCUCUGGUCUGCCUACAUCAUCCACGUCAUUUCGGGUGUAUACGAGCGCCGCCUGAUUUCCCGCUUCCGUGGGGAACUGAUUGGGCUAUUGAUUCUGUUCGUUUUGUGGCUUGUCGGAGCUGCGAUCGCCACGACGUACUGGGGAAAUCUAUCAUGGUGCUGGGUCUACAGACCAUGCCGUGUCCUCACCGCACUUGUUGCGUUCGCAUGGAUUGGUUGGGCUUCCAUAUUCAUCAUCUUCGUCUAUACCCUCCUAUUCGUCUUGUCGAACAGGGUCGUGAUGGAGCCCCUGCAUGCUCGGUGGAACCCGAGGGUGAGCGUGUUUGGUAGGCGCGCUUGAGGGGUCGGGAUAUGUCAGAAGAGAUGUUUAGAGGAUGUACACAGACUCAUUUACGAAGCCUAAGUAGCAUCGAUAUUUAUUCACGGGGAUAGCGUAGUUACUAUUUGCGUAGCAGCUACUUCGCAGGGUCACUAUACAGUAAUACUAAUAAAGUCA